UUGACAUUUCGUGAAGUCUGUGAGUCAUUUUCGAUUUAUUUCGCUUUUUCGGUGACGAAAAACCUGACGGAAAUUCUAUUAGUAAAUACGAGGAAAAUAAGUUUAUAACAAUGCCGGCUUAUCACUCCACAUUGACCGACUACACCCAAUCUGUGGGCAAUUUGGCGUUGUUGCCUGUCCGCACUACCUUCAGGGGCCCAGCCCCAAUCAACCCGAAGAUAGAAUUGGACAUUGUUGAUGAAGCUCUUAAUUAUUUCAAAGCAAAUGUGUUCUUCAGAUUUUAUGAAAUAAAGUCAGAUGCAGACCGUGUCCUCAUUUACCUGACGCUGUAUGUGUCUGAGUGCCUCAAGAGACUCCAGAAGUGCCCCAACAAGAACCAGGGCCAGCAGGAGAUGUACAUGCUGGCUAUAUCCAAGUUCGACAUUCCCGGAGAGCCGGGCUUCCCGCUCAACUCCGUCUAUGCCAAACCUUCAAGUCCGCAGGAAGCUGAUUUAAUGAGACAAUAUCUACAACAACUAAGACAUGAAACAGGAAACAGAGUCUGUGAAAAGGUAUUCGCAACGGAAGACGGCAAACCUAGCAAAUGGUGGCUGUGCUUUGCGAAAAGGAAAUUCAUGGACAAGUCCCUAUCUGGCCCGGGACAGUAAUGUUAUGUUAGCCAAAAUGUAUUAAUUCUAAGUAAAGACUUAUUUGAUGGCAUUUUUAUGUUAUGUUUCUAAUCAUAAUUCUAAAUUUUUUAUGAACAAAGCCUGUAUUCAGCCUCCAAAUAUUUAUAACUUAAUAAAUUUUAUCAGCAGUA